AUGUCCUGGACAGACCAUGCUCCCGUCUCUCUGGGGGUUCGCCUGUCCCCUGUUCGGCCGAACUCUUACACGUGGAGACUAAACGAGAUGAUCAUCCAGGACCCCGGUUGCCAGCAGCAGAUCAGAGAGGCGAUAGCCGAUUAUAUUGAGGUCAACGACACAGAGGAGAUCUCUAAAGUGGUAGUCUGGGAGGCACACAAAUGUGUAAUUAGAGGAAAACUUAUUCAACUGGGCGCCCAUAGGAAAAGACAACAUAUGGCGGCACGGGAGGCCUUGUUACAAAGAAUCCAAGCCUUAGAACUUCUCCACAAAUCCACCAUGUCAGACGAAAACCUUCAAUCAUUACUAAUGGCUCGGAAGGAAUUAGACUCGCUUAUGUCCCACAGACUGAAGUUAGAGGCUAGAAAAUGUCGUAGUCGAUAUUUCCUAUGGGGGAACAAGCCUGGGAAGCUGCUAGCGCGGGCUCUCCAGGCUCAACGCGCAGCAUCUUUUAUAUCUAAAGUGAAAUCUCAUACCGGAACAACACAACACACCACGACAGAGAUAGCAGCAGCCUUCCGACACUAUUAUACCCAAUUAUACAACCUAAGAGGCCCCAAGGAGGCAGACCCUGAUCUUUCCCGAAAGGCCUCCAUUGCAGAGUUUUUACGGGAAAUUAAUUUCCCCACUCUUACACCUGAAGAAGUCGAGUCACUGGAGAACCCCUACACUCUGGCAGAGCUCGAAGAAGCUGUAAAAACCACCCCAAAUGGCAGGAGUCCGGGCCCUGACGGCUUCUCUUUAGCUUACUAUAAGACAUUUGGAGAUGUUUUGCUACCUAUGAUGCUUAGAGCUUUUAAUCAGGUUUCAGACCAGUCCUCCUUCUCCCCCCAGUCUAUGCUCGCACAUAUCACAGUGAUCCAUAAGGAGGGCAAAGACCCGUCACACUGUUCCAGCUAUAGACCUAUUUCCCUACUAAAUGUGGACCUGAAGCUCUUCGCCAAAUUAAUGGCGAAUCGCUUAAAACUCUAUCUUCCAAAACUGAUACACUCGGACCAGGUGGGUUUCGUUCCGGGCCGCGAGGCCAGAGACAACACCACGAAGGUCCUCGAUUUGAUUCAUUACGCAUCAACUUGUAAAUCCCCCUCCAUCCUCCUCUCAACAGACGCAGAAAAAGCGUUCGACAGAGUGGACUGGGAUUUCCUAUUGGGGGUGUUGGAACACAUGGGCAUGGGCAUGGUGGGCCUCCAGAGAAUCAGGGCCCUGUAUUCUGACCCCGCGGCUCGCGUACGUAUCAAUGGUGAACUAUCAGACCCGUUCCAGAUACGGAAUGGGACUCGUCAGGGGUGUCCUUUGUCACCACUUAUUUUUGUGCUAUGCAUGGAGACCCUGGCGAGGGCCAUUCGUCAGAAUAUUAACAUCACAGGGCUGCAGGUGGGGAGGACGGAGUACAAGCUUGCCCUAUUUGCAGAUGACCUCCUCGCAGUGAUUUCUAAUCCUUUGACCUCUAUACCCAACCUUCUUAAAGAGUUCAAGCGUUUUGAAUCCUCUACCUAUUACAAACUCUGCCUGUUACUAUUCCUCGACAAUGGUUCCUCUCACUACAACGAAAAAUCAGAGACUACAUUUGGGCGGGGCGAAAACCCCGAUUUAAGCAUGAGAUCCUCUUUAGACGGAAACAUCAAGGAGGUCUCCAACUUCCCCACUUUUUAUCCUAUUACCAUGCAGUACUCCUUACGAGAGCCAUGGAAUGGAGUAGUGAAUUCCACAGGAAACAAUGGGUGUUUGUGUUUCUUUCCAGAUACAAGCCUUAAGGACGGCCUUUUUCACGAGUUUAAGAAGUAUGGGAAGGUGACGUCUGUGCAGAUACAUGGAGUGUCAGAGGAGAGAUACGGCCUGGUCUUUUUCAGGCAGCAGGAAGAUCAAGAGAAAGCACUUAAUGCCUCAAAAGCCAAACUUUUCUUUGGCAUGCAGAUUGAGGUCACUGCGUGGGUGGGGCCAGAAACAGAAAGUGAAAAUGAAUUCCGGCCUCUGGAUGAGAGAAUAGAUGAAUUUCACCCCAAGGCCACCAGGACUCUAUUCAUUGGUAACUUGGAGAAAACCACCACCCAUCUUGACCUACACAAUGUUUUCCAGCGAUUUGGGGAGAUUGUGGAUAUUGACGUUAAGAAGGUGAAUGGAGUUCCUCAGUAUGCGUUUCUGCAGUACUGCGAUAUCACAAGUGUCUGUAAAGCCAUUAAGAAGAUGGAUGGAGAAUAUCUGGGGAAAAACCGUUUGAAGCUGGGAUUUGGGAAGAGCAUGCCUACCAACUGUGUGUGGAUAGAUGGCCUGUCCUCCGGCGUCACUGAGCAGUAUUUGACUCGCCAUUUUAGCCGCUAUGGGCCUGUGUUAAAGGUGGUGUAUGAUCGCUUUAAAGGCAUGGCUCUGGUUCUCUACAGUGAGAUUGAAUUUGCCCAGGCAUCUGUAAAAGAGACCAAGGGGAGGAAGAUUGGUGGGAAUAUCGUUAAGGUGGAUUUUGCAAACCAGGAAAGUCAGUUGGCUUUCUAUGGCUCUAUGGAGUCUUCGGGACAGGAUAUACGGGACAUCUAUGAAAUAAUAUCUGAGAGAAGAGGUGAUGAAACGCGGCGGGGUUCUUAUGAGUUUACGUCAACGGAUCGCACUUCUUAUUAUGAAACUGUGCGUACAACAGGCACGUACCCGGAGGAAACGAGAAGAGAGUACCCUGCCAGGAGCAGAGAGUUCUACCCUGAGUGGGAUUCAUACCAAGGCGAUUACUACGAGCAGCGUUACUUUGAUGAGUCAAGAGAAUAUAGAGAGUACAGGGAGACAUACGACCAGGAUAUCCGUGAAUACAGUUAUAGGCAGAGAGAAAGGGAACGAGAACGUUUCGACACCGACAGAGAGCGGGAUAGUGAGCGGAGGCAAACAGAACGCAGCCAAAGUCCCACCCACUCAAGAAGACCCCAGAGUCCUGCAGGUUCGCCAGCACCAUCCGAGAGAAUUACAAGUGACCCAGAACGCAGAAUCUACAGUCGUUCUUCCGAUCGUAGCGGCAGCUGCAGCUCCGUUUCUCCUUCAAUAUUCGAUAAAUCGGACAAAGCUAGGGCCGAACGAUUCAUCAAAGGUGAGAAGGUUGAGAAGGAACGCACUUUUGAUUCGGAGAGGUCUGAUAAAGAGAAGCGACCAUUGCGUAAGGAAAAGACUGAGAAAGUUGAUAAAGAUAAACCUGAUCGGACAAAGCGAAAGUCUAAAAACCAUUCAACGAGUUCGCAGUCUUCGGAGACGGAUCAAGAUAAUGAUAAGGAGCCCAGCCUUGAGAAGCAAAAAGGGAGCAGCAAGCAGCUGGCCAAAGAGAAGAACGACAAGGACUCCGCGUCUAAAAACCGUUUGGAGCUUAUGCCGUGCGUGGUUCUCACAAGAGUCAGUGAAAAGGAGGGGAAGGUGUUUGAUCCGACUGGAAUAGAAAAGUUGUCCAAGAACAAGUCCGACAGUGAGUCGAUAAAAUCCCCAUCGUCUGAUUCCAAAAUUCAGAUGAUUAGACUUGAGCAACCGAAGUUUGAGCAAAUGAAACCUGAAUCUGUAAGGAAUAAAGUGCCAAAAGACAAGCUGCUCUCCAGCCACGUAGAAGUAGUAGACAAGGAGGGAAAACAAAAACUAAAAAAGCACUUAAAGCCAGAGCCACCCACAGAGGGCCCCAUAACAGCAGAUCUGGACAAGUUGGAAGCACGGAAGAGGAGGUUCGCUGAUGUGGCUUUAAAGUGUGACCGGCAAAAACUUGAUCGACGAAGCAACCCAGAUGACGAUGACGCUCGUGUAGUAAGUUCAAGGAAGCAGCUGGAGCCUGUAUCUUCAAGAGAUUUGACCUUGCUUCGGGAAGGGAAUUUUGAAAGAAAGGGUUCUAGGAAAGAACUUUUAAAAAGAGAACUUGGCAAAAACAAAUCUGAAAGACUUUUCAUUAUCAACAGCCCUAAAGAUGGACAAGACCAAUUGUCGGUUGGAUCCUCUCUACGUCAUAAUUCGGAUCUGCAUUUCCGGUUAGGAGAGCCAGUAGACGAGCCGUUCGACUCUCCAGAGAUCACUUAUACAAAGAUCAACUUCGUGAAAACUCUCCAGAGACAUGUACAGUUGUCGGAAGAUGUUGAUAAAGACUCUUUGAAAGGUGAUGCAAAGAUGUACUGUAACCUUUCCAGGGAAGCGUUGGGCCUGGAAAGAUCAGAAAAUGAAGAGAAACUUGCAAUCGAUAUAGAUUACACUCAGAGUUACAGGAAGCAGAUGGAGCAAAGCCGUAAGCUGAAACAGCAGAUGGAGCUGGAGAUUUUGAAGUCUGAAAAGUUUGGGAGUCCGAACAAAGAAGCGGAGGAAUACGAAAGGCGCAGUCUUGUGCAUGAAGUGGGGAAACCACCUCAGGAUGUCACCGACGACUCCCCUCCAAGUAAAAAAAAAAAGACUGACCACUUGGAGUAUGAAAUUACCAAGCCUGAAAGGAAUUACAGAAGUUCCCGACAGAUAAGUGAUGAAUCUGAGAGAACCUCUUUUUCUCCAAGCAUGCGGCCGUUUCCGUUUAGCGAGGAUGAAUAUACCUUAGGCUCCCCAAGAUUAAUGCCAAUCAAAGAAUUCAAGGAGUCUGGUCAGGUAGAGGAGAAGCUGAUGUUCCCUAACCUAGCGCUCAAAGAUGAACAUUAUAAAUUAAUAACCACUGAAUCAACCAAGAAGGAACAAAUGACUGACUCUGCCAAAGGUAAACUGACCAUUAAGAGCCCUGAAGAAGAAUAUGGUAAAUGGGAUUGCCAAACCAAAUCAGAUGGCAACCGUGUGGAUGUGAGUUUUCCCAGCAACAUAAUAAAAAGGGAGAGCAUCAGAAAACGCUCAAGGGACCUAGAACCGGGCGAGGUUCCCUCAGACUCUGACGAUGACAGUGAUCACAAGUCCAUUUCACCAAAAGUCUCCUCCCUACUAGAUGGUUCAAGGUUUUCUUUUUUAUUACGAGAUGGAGAAGAGAAGCUGAGGGACAGGGAGGAGCGGUUGUCUGCCUCGCUGGAGAGGAAUAAGUUUUACUCUUUCGCAUUAGAUAAAACUAUCACCCCCGAUACAAAAGCAUUGCUUGAGAGAGCCAAAUCGCUGUCAUCUUCUCGUGAAGAAAACUGGUCAUUUUUAGAUUGGGACUCCAGGUUUGCUAAUUUCCGCAGCAACAAAGACAAAGAAAAAGUGGACUCUGCUCCAAGACCGAUACCGUCGUGGUACAUGAAGAAGAAAAAGAUAAAGCCUGAUUCUGAUGGAAAGUUGGAUGAUAAGAAAGAUGACCACAAAGAAGAGGAACAGGAAAAGCAAGAGCUUUUUGCCUCCCGCUUCCUUCACAGCUCUAUCUUUGAGCAAGACUCGAAACGUCUUCAACAUCUCGAUAGGAAAGAUGACGACACUGACCUUGGCGUCCUGCGACCUUAUGGGAGGCAGCUGUCUUCUGACUGCAUAAGUAACGCUCCUGACCUCUUUCAGGAACCCGUGGUACUCUUUCACAGCCGAUUUGUUGAGCUCACCAGAAUGCAGCAAAAAGACAAAGAAAAAGAGCAGAGACCGAAAGCAGUAGAAAAGCCUGAAGAGAAGGAAAGUCCGCCAAAGACACCAGACUCUGAAAGCAAAGAACGAGAGGUUAAAUCAUUUAUGCCUGUUGUACCACCAGCUCCACAAGAACCUGCUGUAGUUUUUCAAGAGAAAGUAGCUGCCGAGAAGUCCCCACCUCCGUGUCCUCCUCAGGCCGCAGAAGAGAAGCCAGCAGAGCCCUGUGAGCCACCUGAAGAGGAAACCAAGCUUCCUAUAGUUACUACUCCUGUGAUUCUUCCUGUCCAUCCACCAAUUCCAGUGGAAACGGUGCAAAAUGUUGGUGAAAUGGUUGAGGUCCAGCCUGCCCCGCCAGUUCCCGAGGUGGUCACACCUGUCGAACAGUCUUCAUGUAUGGACACAAAACCACCAACACCUGGUAUGUCGUUUUCAGAAGGCAGUGCUGAUCCGGUCACAGAGCUGAAAAUUGUAUCACCAACAUCGUCCCCUUCCAAACUCGACAAAAAGAUGGAAGACACUGUUGAGCCACUUGAAGAAGCAACGCCUGCCUUCACAAGUACUGACGCAGACACAUGUCAGAAGCAGGAGACUGCUCCAGAAGUAGAAGAGCCACAGAUCCCUGAAAACGAGGUGGAAACAGAACCACCUAUUGCAGUGAGAAAUAAAAAGGCAUAUAAAGGCAAAAGGUCCAACGCCAGUGAUAAACCAGCCACAAGGAAAAGUGUAAGGAUUGACCGUGAAAAACGCAAUCGAUCUACGUCUCCACGUGGUGAGUCCCAGAAACACGUGGACAUAAAAAGCGAACAUGAAAGAGCAUCGAGGAGUGCAGCAAAGUCCCCAAGUGCUGUUACCGAACCUGAGGUGUCAGAACCAUGCUUGCCUUUGUCACGAACACGCAGAAAUGUCCGAUCUGUUUAUGCUACCACAGGUGAUAAUGAAGGACAGUCUUCCACUAAGGAACCAUCAGAAACUCCUCGAUCAACGCGAAAAAGAUCAGAGAAAGAUGUUACAGAACCUCCUGUUGUUGUACCUAACACACCAAGAAGAGGGCGACCUCCGAAGGUCCGCAAAAAAACUGGUGGGGACCUUUCUCCUUUUAAAGCAGAGGCAGUAAAGCAAGAGGCAGAGGACACAGAAUGUAAGGAACCGACUGAAAAUGCAAAAACGAUAGAGGGGUGGAGGUCUCCUCGGUCUCAAAAACUAUCGCAGAGCCAUUCCCCUGUGUCCAGUAACCAUCAGAGUAAAAGAAGUAAAAGUGAGUCCACACCACAAGCGCACGAGUGUCAGGAAGACUCAACUGAAGAUGUUAACGAAACCACUGAACCACCUGUCGAAGAGGACUGCAAGCCAAAAUUGGGCAAAGAUGAAUUGACUGAAGUAAAGACAGAUCCAAAAGCUGUAGAGCCAGAUAAAUGCCCUGCUGAAAUCCCUGCUACUGAUAUCCCUGAGAAGAAGAUCGUAUUGGAAAAAGCACCAAAAUCUAAAGUUGGAAGGCCUAAAAAUUCAAAGACCAUUCCACGUUUGAAAAACGUGGAGAUUCGUCUUAAUCCAGAUGAGGUAAAAGGUGCUUUGCGCCCACAUGAUGAUGCUGAGGAAUUGGUAGUUUCCCCUGUUAAAAUAAAAAGCCCCCAAAAGGAAGAUGUUUCUCCACCUUUUGUAAAACCUGCUGAGACUACUUUCCCGGAAACACCUGACACAGACACCAUGAAAGAUCCAAAAAUUUCACCCGAAGCAGUACAGCUGGCACGGCAAAUAGAACUUGAGCAGGCCGUUGAAAACAUAGAGAAGAUCACUGAGACUGCGACAGUUCCAGCUUAUAAAGAUGCUCAAGGUGGGGAGGUGUCGGAGGCUCGCUCCGAAGAGGACGGUGAUAAACCCGCACACCAGGCCAGUGAAACGGAGCUGGCAGCAGCCAUUGGGUCCAUAAUAUGUGACAUUUCUACUGACACAGAAAGCUUUCCACCAGCUCCACCAUAUCCACCUACAGGGGAGGCGGAGGUUCCGUCUGAUUCUGCUGUGGUUUCUGCUUCUGCUGCUCCUGCUGCUGCUGCUGCUCAUCCAGACAACUUGGAGCCUGAGACAGACCAGACAGUUAACGUCCUCCAUGCAAAUUCUACCCCCAGCACCCAGAGCGGAACACCUGCACCAGUUUCUUCGGGUCGGUCACAAACUGUGGAAGUCAAAGAACCAAAAGUUAGUCUCAGCGAGUCUGCAGAUUCUGCCAGAGAACCCGAACCUGUGAAAGAGCCAGACAUCCUACCGAAACAAAGAGGUCGGACAAAGGCGAAUUCAAAGAGAAAGCGAAGGGGCAGCAAAAAUAGGGAUACAGUGGACAGCAGUCAGUUGGUUCAUGAGGCUGUUCAAAGCAAAUCUCCCAAAAAAGAUCAAAAGAUGCCUUCAGACGAGGGACAAAAGGAACAGCCGGACAAAGUGGCUGUAUUGUCAGACCCUGAAAAACAGGUGGUUGACACAAGCAUGGAUACUGUUCCUGAUACCAUUUCCAAGGACGGUGAUGAUGAAUGUAAAGAUGAAGAUAUGUCAGGCACUAUGAAUUUAUGUGACUCACCCCAACCACUGUACAUCGAUGAUGUUAGCCAAAGUAGCUUCAAACUACGUUCAAGUACCGAAAAUGCCCCCGUUACUCCACCGGGCAUCCCCACGCCUUCCGUUCUGUCAGCUACACCAGGGAAAACCGCAGCUUCAGCUCCUUCGCUGUCACAAUCCGGAUCGGCAGUAUUACCCGACUGGAUGGUGAGACAUGAAGAGAGUGCAACCAUUUCCACCCCACCCCCUGCUUUGCCUCCAGAUACCAAGGCUUCAGAUGUGGAUACAAGCUCAAGCACCUUACGAAAGAUAUUAAUGGAACCUAAAUACGUGUCAUCCUCUAGCAGUACUCCUAGUAUCGUUACGGCAGCUAUCUCUGAGCCAGUCUCUGCUUCACAUGUGGAAGAGCCUGUUCAUCCCCAGGUAGAAGCUAUUAAACCAUUAUCUGAAGAGAAAUCAUCUGUUCCCCUCACCAACACUGUUGUCCCACCAGCAGCUGAGGCCCCUGCUUUUCAAGAAAAGGGAACUAUUGUGGCCCCUAAGGCUACCUCCGUUAUUAGUAGAAUGCCCCACACCUUUGAUCCUGAUGAUUUGCCAAGAAUAACAUUAGCAAAACACUCUGCACAGCCCCAGCCAGCUCCACCCUGCAUCCCAUCUCAGAAGAUCAAGCCAAGGCAGAAUACAAAUGACAGCCGAGCCUGCAUGAAGCCAACUAUGACCGUUUUAGAAGAAAGGCCUGCUGAAACUGGCCCAAGCCCAGGGCUAAGAGUGAACACUUCCCAGGGGGUCAUGCUCUUAAGUUACUCCGGCCAGAAAACAGAGGGCCCUCAGCGGAUCAGUGCGAAGAUCAGCCAGAUCCCUCCAGCAAGUGCUGUUGAUAUCGAGAUUCAACAGUCUGUGUCAAAGACUCAAAUUAAACAGGAGCCACUCACCCCAUCGCAGAUCUUACCAAAAGGGCCUCAAACACCAACAGGUUACCAACCGUAUAAUGCAUCACCAGUGAUCUCAACCAUCAAGCAAGAGCGGUCGUCAUUGGAAAAGCCUGAAUCAAGCCACAUUACCGUUCCAAAUGCUUCCUCUCAGUCUGCAGCUGUUAAAGUACUGACUCAAAAUGCAUCUCCCGUUCUCAUGCAUGGUCAGAUGCUUCCGGGACAGAUGGUGCCUGCUGGGAAGAAGAUUACCGAUGUAAAAGUGGAGUCGAAAGUGCUCCACCCUACAAAUAUGAGUCCCCACCAUUCUUCUCUGACCGGUAAACUUCAGCCAGAAUCCAACCACAUAGCUUCUGGAGCUAGCACGCCAACAGAUAGGGCUCUACCACAUCUCGGUAUCAAACAGGAGCCUCAUUCACCCUGCACCACAGGUCAUUCCACAUCUCCAUUUGGCCGUUCUUGUCACCCCAGUGUUACAGCUUCUUCAGCCUUAACUAACAAUGCCUCUGUUAUGCUGGGCCCAGGAGUACCAGUUCCUCAGUACAUACCAAGCAUGCACCCUGAGCAAACUGUCAUCAUGCCACCUCAUAGUGUAACGCAGCCGGUCUCCCUUGGUCACAUGUCGCAAGGUGAUGUCAGGAUAAAUACCCCACCGCUGCCCUCUAUGCAGUACGGCAUGAGAUCGGAAGCCCUUCAUUCUCCCAGACCUAUGCAGUCUCAGAUGGAUGUCCGACCUCAGAGAUCCAGCACACCUCAACCAGCAGCUGUCCGAGAGAUGGUACACCCAACAAUGUCUUCCCAGCAUGCUGCAGAGGAGGACAUCCAUUACCACCACGCUGUCGGCAGAGGUUCAGCCCAUGUCCAGUCUGAUGUGCUGGUAAUGCAACAUGACUACCGUAUGUCUGCUUCAGGGAUGCGCCUGGAUCCAUACAGCGUUACGCAAGACAUAUUGCCUCGAAUGAUUAUGCACUCCCACAUUUCCGCUGUUGGUGAUCACCAUCAGGAGACCAGGCAGUCCAGAACUCCGGAGGGUCCAGUGAAGACUCCUCCAGCCAGUAAAACGCCACAGCCUGUGAAGGAAAUGGCCAAACAGCCGGAGGUGAAACUGUCCCAUUCUCAGCACACUGACGCCAGAAUGCUUACUGGGCUAAACUUAUCCCAGCCGGUAGUGGUUCCACACGGAGUGCCUCUCAUCCACCCUUCCGGGAGCUCGUUCCAUGACUAUCGGCCAGUGUACACAGACAUUCGGAACUAUCAUUCUGCUACUCAGCUGUCGCACCCACCGUUCCCUAGUGCAUCACCCAUUGGCCUGCAGUCGCGGAGCAUGACCCCUUCCCAGGAUGGAGACCAUUCACAUGUAAACCCCCCAGGGCGCAGCAAAACGCCACAGGAUGCCAAGGUGUCGCAGUCGUCGACUAGUGAGCAGACUCACCAUGCCACCAUCAAUCGGCAUUCCGGCCAGAUGGAGUCCCACAUUCAGCACCUUCAGAGAUCAUCGGUGGAUACGUCUCAGACUUCCUAUCCAUCCCCCGUCACCAUCAGCAUGAAGCCAGAGCUGCCCUCCCCUCAUCAGGCUCAGAAGCAAUCUGUCUUCUUAUCCUCCACAUCAAGCGUCCUUCCCAGGACAGAGGUCCAGCCCCUCCCCAAGCAAGACCCUUCCCAGAGGUCUGUGGAUAUGGUCCAGCUGCUGACGAAAUACCCCAUUGUGUGGCAGGGUCUCCUCGCGCUGAAGAAUGACACGGCCGCGGUACAGUUGCACUUUGUGUCCGGGAAUAAUGUCUUGGCUCAUCGGUCUCUGCCAGCCCCGGAGGGUGGGCCACCACUGAGGAUUGCACAGCGCAUGCGGCUGGAAGCCACCCAACUUGAAGGGGUUGCCCGUCGCAUGAUGGUGGAGAGCGACUACUGCUUGCUGCUCGCACUUCCAUGUGGCCGGGAUCAGGAGGACGUGGUAAACCAGACUGAGUCGCUGAAAGCUGCAUUCAUCACUUACCUGCAGGCAAAGCAGGCGGCUGGUAUCAUUAAUGUACCCAACCCGGGUUCCAACCAGCCCGCCUAUGUUCUGCAGAUCUUCCCGCCCUGUGAAUUUUCAGAGAGUCACCUGUCCCGUCUCGCCCCAGACCUACUGGCUAGCAUCUCCAACAUUUCUCCUCAUCUAAUGAUCGUCAUUGCAUCGGCAUGAGACCACUCGAGGUCAUCACAUUCAGAGACUAGCCGACAAGCCUGCAAGGAAGAGUUCUGCUGAGCGAGUGUCCCCACCUGCCCUGCAGUGCGGGAGAAUUCCCCAUGCCGCUGGACGGAGCUUGGCCAUGCUGCUUUCCAGGAUGUUUACAUAUAAUGCUUAUGGACAAACUGACGCACACAGACUGGAAGCCCCACGCCCAUCCGAUGCGGGCCAGGCCAGGAUGGCUACGAUUCGUGUGCUUUGUUUUUGUUUGUUUUUUUUUUUUGUUUCGUUUUCUUUUCUUUUUUUAAGAAAAAAAAGCUGAACCUGCCUUUGCACUAAAUUAGUGACUCGGACCUUUGUACAGCAUCCCCCUACCCGUUUUUAUUUUGGUGUGUGUCAUAUUUUUGAGCGACAUGCUGUGAUAUAGGGAAGCCUGGAUUCUACGAACUAGUGAUCAGAGACCUGUGAAUAUUGGGAACUGGUGACCGGGAAAGAUGGAGGGUUAGAGACUGGAACACGGCGGCUGAUCUUCCUCUCACAGCUCGGCUGAUCUUCUCCAAGGACUUCUCGCUAGUCGUCUUUUCAUUUUGGGAUGUACAGUUUACAUUGGGGGAGGGGGGAGGGCAUACAAAAGGGAGAUCUAUUUUCCUUUCCUUGGAUAUUAUAGGACUCCAUGGGCGUGUGUACAUAAUUAUAUAUAAUAUAUAUUAUAUAUAUAUAUAAAUAUAUAUAAUACUGACUUUAGAGAAAUCAAACCCCCACGACAUGCAUUUUUUUUAAUCUGUGCCAAAAAUGUGUUUUCAGAAAGAAUCUUAUUUUCAUACUCAGACGUAUCGUCCUUCAUUUGUAAAGUGCUUUUCAUUGAGACAUUGCUCCGCUCAUUGCAAUCUGUGGGAAAGUGUACAGUAGUACACUUGGACAAGACUUUUUAAAAACCCUCAUGUUUCCCCUCUUUUUAUUUUUUAUUUUGUGUUUUCUUUUGCAUACACCUCUCUUAAUUUAUGGAAUCUUCUUCCCUUCCCAUUCUGAAGUUUUGUUUGUGUGUGUCCAUUGGAUUACAAACUUUAUUAAAAAAAAUUGAUACAA